AUGACCCGAAAAGAAGUUUAUCAAGGAAAUCUUUUCAAUAAAGGGUUGGAACUUUGCUUUGUUGAAAACAAAGUAGAAGCGUUUUUUCUGGAAAUUCAAGGGUCUGGUCGAAUAGAGUUAGACUCUGGAGAGCAUUUUUAUGUGACAUAUGCUGGCCAAAAUGGACACCCUUAUCGGGCAUUGGGAGCGGUUUUUUUAGAAAAAGGAUUGAUGAAAAAAGAAGAUAUUUCAAUGGCUUCUUUGAAGCGUUUUCUUUUUGAAAAUCCGGAAGGUACUCAAGAGCUUAUGGAGGAAAAUCCCUCUUUUGUUUACUUUCAAGAAAAUCAAGAAGGGGUUUUAGGGACAGGGGGUGUUUUUUUAGAAGGUGAAUACUCUUUAGCUGUUGAUGAAAGAAUUCUACCGCUUGGGUCUUUGGUUUGGGUUGAAACAACUCUUUAUGAUGGAACUCCUUUUCAAAGACUAAUGAUCGCAUUAGAUACGGGUGGAGCCAUUAAGGGAGCCGGUCGGGGAGAUAUCUUUUUUGGUUUUGGGGAGAAAGCAGAACAUUUAGCAGGGCACCAGAAUGCUCCUGGAAGAAUGGUUGUACUAACGCCUCAGAGGGGUAAAAAGUGA